AUGGCAUUCACCGCAGACCAAGAUCGGGCCAUAGAAAUUACGGAGCGGAUUGGCUCCUCGAUUUCACUACUAUGCUCGUGCUCAGUCAUUGCCAUGUUCUUCUUCGUUGAACAUUUUCAGACCCCUAUCCACAGACUCAUCUUCUUUGCCACCUGGGGAAAUUUGUGGUCAAAUAUAGGCAUGCUAAUUGCCUUGUCUGGUAUUAGAAGAGGAGAGAAUUCGGCGCUUUGCCAAUUCCAAGGGUUUCCAUCUGCUGACGCAUUUUGGUCACUCUGUAUGGCACUCAAUAUUUACCUGACCUGCUUUCGACGAUAUGACAUGACAAUGUUGCGAAAGCUUGAGUGGCGAUACUUUCUCUUCAGCUACGGCGCGCCCUUCAUUUCGGCAUUCAUAUAUCUUUUCAUCGAGACAAGCGCGAAGGGGAAGGUAUACGGAUCAGCUUUUAUUUGGUGCUGGGUCACUGUUGAAUGGCGUGGUCUCUAUCUAGCUGUUUCCUAUGUGCCAAUAUGGAUUGCAAACAUAUUGACUAUAGGGAUUUUUGUCUGGACCGGCCGUGAGAUUAUUAAAAGCCGAAGACAGCUCCAUAGAGUCAUCAGCGAUACAUCUGCGACCGAAGAUCGCCCAGAUGGCACUUCCAGGUCUUCAGAACGUCGACUAAUGCCCACCCAAGACGUUAGGGGCGACUUUGCGUGCCAAAACACUAGCCAAUCAGGUAAGCCACUUAUUCUGCUCACAUCGACCUAUGUCUCGGAAUCUGAGCGACUGUCGUGGAUCAUGUCAGGUACAAGUAUCUCACAAGCCGUCGUCUGGCCUUACGCGAAACGUGCCAUACUUUUCUUCGCCUCUAUGGUAAUUACAUGGGCUCCUUGCACAGUUAAUCGACUAUACUCUUACGCUAAUCCUGGUCAUCCAUCAUUUGCCUUGAACUAUUCACAGGCAUUGCUUCUCCCACUUCAAGGCUUCUGGAAUUCUUGCAUCUACAUGUCGACUAUUUCGUCCCCGGUACAGCGCUUUCUUCAGUGGAAAAAAACCUGGAGGCGGAGUUCGGUUUAA